UUUUUUUUUUACACCACAAAUUCAAAACAGCUAACGUGACUGAGUGAAAACCUAGCUUAAAACGCGCGCGUUCCCAAGUUGACCAGUACCGCAAGGUAAUUAACUUACUGUUGCACUUGAUUUAGAAGUAUAGCUUGGUUUUAUUAUUGAUAAAAAUGCUUUAAAAAUUGUCACGGUAUGAGGAAAAAUUACCCCGCGCCGUUUUAAACGCGGUUCAAAAUCAACUGUAACAUUAAAACCAUCAAGUAGACGCCAUUUCCACCUUUAUAUUUAUUUCGUUUUCUUCUAAACUGGCAAUGGUUUACGUAAGUUGCUAAAUUAAACGUUUGCAUUACUGGUCUAACGGUGAUAUUUGAGGAUGUGGUUUAACAUAAGGCUACGUUAAACUUUAGGAAGCAGUUUGAAUAAUGGCGGCAUGCUUUUCUUCGGCUUUGUCGACGUACAGAGUAAGCAGAGUAUAUUUGCAUGAUUUGUAGUAGAACGGGAAUACAUCCUUGUAACAUUUUAUCUGUCGCAGUGUAAGGCGUACAGUCAGUCAUCAGCUUUCGCACCCCCCUCCCAUUGAACAUUAAUCUUGAACGUUUGUGAUGCUACGGGGAUGCUCUUGUAUGUCAUCCACUUGCUGUAUUUUUUUUAUGUAAUGACCAUAUACAACUUUGACCAUGUUCAAUUGUGUGCUGCAGGAAUCAUGUUGAUUAAAACCAGACUGGGUGAUGUCCAAAAAUUUGUCAGAAUAACAGAGCCGAAUCUGAAAGAGUUUUUGGUCGCAGCAUUUGCAAAGUUUGGUGUGCCAGCUCUGACAGAAGAUGUGAAAGUUUUUGACACUUCGGGAACUGAGUUGGAUGAUGAUGUAUUUGAGGAUGUAGUUAAGGAUCCCUCAACUGGAGUGCUAACCAUCAAACUUGACACUGAAUCUGUUUCUAUGGUGUCUCCUGAGCAAUCGGAACCAUCAUCCCUCAAUUCGUCUGAUUCUCAAGACACAAUCAUCCUUUCAGAGAGUCCUUCCAGUAAACGGCAGAGGCUGGACACAGAAGCCAAACAUUUGGUAGAAACCAUUUUGACCAAGAAGCCAGGUGGGGAAAGCAUUAUAAAUGAAUAUAAUCGAAACAAGUCCUUGACAGAUGAAACCAGAAGGAAAAUGGUGAACAUACUAGCGGCUGACAUAACAGAGAAGAAUGGUACAUCACCACCCAGACAGGUAAAAGAAAUGUAUGCCAGAGGUAUUGUGAGCUUGUUUCCCCACCUCAGUGAUCCAUUCUCUAGGACUGGCUCUGAGCAUUAUUAUGAUGGUGAAAGUGGGUCUGGGUACCUGGCCUGGAGAAUUAAAACUAUUCAGAGAUCUGCUGCCAAAGAACGUCGAUCAUCAUAUGGAACAUCAUCUGCAGGAGCAUCUCAUGAAGAUGGACCUGGAGGACCAGCUGCCAGACGAGAGCCCCAGUUUGUCCCAGAGAUUGUCCUGAGUGAAGAUGAGUGUAAGGAAGCUGUCGCAUUGAUGAAACAUUCAGCUGAUGAGGACACCAUCAAGAAAAAGAUGAAGCUGACAUUUGACUUCCGCCGCAACAUGGUCCUCGACCCACAGCAGUCAAGCAACAUACUGUCUGUCUUUCCACGUUUCAAGGAUGUCAAAGGCUUGGUGGAACAGGAUUUUGUUCUGAUGUUUGGGGAAGAUGCCUCGGGGAAGUUUCUGGAGAAAUGGACAACCGCAUUCAAGAAAAAGAUCAUCCAACAAUGCAGAAAGCUUCCAUCGACCAGAGAGCUUGAAGAUCUCCUCCUGGCAGCUGACACUCCUGAGGAUGGCACUGAAGUGGAUGACGACAUUGGUUGGGACAGUGACCUCGCAUCAAUUUUGCUGCUGUUACACCUGAUUCCCCCCUCUGCCCAAGGCCGCAAGAGACCAGGAAAGGUGUCUGCUUCCCAAGCAGAGAAGCAUCUGUUAGUCUUCAAGAAGUCAGGAACCAGUAUCCAAGAACAUCUGGAUUCUAUCACAACAAGCACACAGCCCUACCUCCUGGCUAUAGGACGAAGUAGGAAAUCAGCCCACCAAUUUUUCAUCAUACUUGACAAAAGUGCCAUCGCUUGCAGGUCGGCCUCCUCAAUUGGUGCCUUUGACGAACUGUUUAAAGCGCAUUAUGUUUUUGCAACAACAUACCACCCGAUGCUGUACAACAUGUUCACGUUCAUCCAGACCACUGUGUACAACAUAGAUGUAGGAAAAGUCAAGGAGAGUCCUCGUGUAGCUGAAGUUCGGGCUCGGUUGCUUCAUUAGUACACGAAUGGAUCUGUUCAGUCAUGAAGUGUUUUGUCUGUCAGUCUGAAUUACCUUCUGCGAAUACUCUUGUUAGGCAUUUACGAGUAGUUCAUGGUUACUUGGAUGGAAAAAAUCUUCGUCUUAAAUGUUCUCAGACUGGAUGUGGCCGUGUGCUUGGAACAUUUUCUGGGUUUAGAAAACAUUUAAAUGCCAAGCACACUGACAAUACUAAUCAACAAGUUAACGUCAGUUCAAGCAGAGCAGACCUUGGUGAUGCAGGAGAGCUGGUGACAACUAAUGUAGAGUCGGCCACAACAUCUACCGGUACUCUGCUGACCAAGUCAAAUAUCAGCACUACAGAUAUGUGUACUACUGCUAUUGCACAAGUAAAAGCAGCUGGAUUAAGUCAGUCUAAUGUUGCGAGGUUUGUGUCAGCCAUGGAAGAAGUCAUUUUUGAAAUCCACAGCCAGGCUAAGGAUUUAGCUUUACAGUGCUUGUCUCCACAGGAUGAAGAACAAAGAAAAAAAAUUGAACAGUCCUUCCAAGUAUUAGAAAAUCCAUUCACACCUUUAAAUUCAGAAGCAAAACUAAACAAACAUUUACGAGAAAAAUGGGGACUUUCUGAGCCUGUACAAAAAGUGCUUGGCACAAGAUUUGACAGCAGGAGAAACAAAACUACUGGGACAUAUGAUCAAGUCAUUGUAACUGAUACAUUUGCAUAUAUUCCCAUUUUGGAAACACUGAAGAGUAUUUUACAAGAAGGUGAUACUGCAGAAAUGUUCAAGCCCAGGUAUAUUCCCAGGGAAGGUGUGUAUGCAGACUUGAGAGAUGCCACUUAUUUUAAAGAAAGUCCCCUAUUCUCAAUAGAAAACGAUGCCUUGCAGAUUCAGCUUUUUUAUGAUGAUUUUGAAACUGCAAAUGUCUUGGGAUCCAAAAAGGGUUUGCAUAAAUUAGGCGCUAUAUAUUUUACUUUAAGAAAUUUCCCCCCAAUUUUUAAUUCAUCUUUAAACAAUAUUCAUUUGUGUGCUCUAUUCCAUGCACAGGAUAUCAAGCGAUACAGUUUUAAUUUGAUACUUGAACCACUUGUUUGUGAUCUGAAAGUGCUUGAGACAGAGGGACUUCAAAUUCCAAAUGUUGAACACAAGAUUCGUGGUACUUUGGUUCAGGUUACUGGGGACAAUCUUGGUUUACAUGGCCUGUUUGGCUUUGUGGAAUCAUUUGGGGCUCGAUAUUGUUGUCGUUUUUGUCUCCUUGAAAAACACCGUUUUCAAACUGUAUUCUGUGAAGAUGAUCCGGAAGUUGUCUUCAGAGCUAUCAAUACACAUUCACAGCACUGUCAGACUGUACAAACAGACCCAAGGCUGCCUCAUGUAUAUGGUGUGAAGCGCAUUUGUCUUUUGAAUUCACUUCAAUAUUUCAACACAGCCAACAACUUCUCUGUUGAUAUAAUGCAUGAUAUUUUAGAGGGGGUUGGUCAGUUUGAGGCGAAACUGAUUCUGAAGUACAUUCAAAGUAACUUUCUAAGUGCUGAACAAGUGGCUGGUAGAAUACAUGCAUAUGAUUAUGGUUUCAGCCAGCAGCGAAACCGUCCACCUCUGCCAACAGAUAAGUUAAGGGAUGGUAGUAAUGACCUGGGACUAAAUGCCAUACAAUCUUGGUGCUUAUUACGCAAUAUGCCUUUGUUAUUUGGUGAUUUGAUUGAAACAGAUGACAAACAUUGGGAUCUUUUAAUUUUGCUUUUACAGAUUGUCAAUAUUGUAUUUUCCCCAGUCCUGUCAGAGGGCAUGACCAUAUACCUCAAACAUUUAAUCAUCAAUCAUCAUCAGUUGUUCAAGCAAAUAUUUCCUGAAAUAAAUCUCUUGCCAAAGCAUCAUUUCAUGAUACAUUACCCUCGUAGCAUAAGGAAAAUCGGUCCCAUUUUACACACAUGGUGCAUGCUUUACGAAGCUAAACAUAAUUUCUUCAAACAACAAUUAAAGAGUUUUAAAAACAUUACAAAGACAUUAGCAAAAAAGCACCAAAGUUAUAUGGCACUGGUUCGUGAAUCUUUUGGCAAGGAAAAAUUAACUUUAGGUCCAGGAAAGAUGGUGACUCUUAAUGAGUUAAAACAGGGCACAGCAAUUGCUGCAAAAUUUGGAACAGUUUUGUCAACCAGUGUAUUUUCUGCCAAAUGGAUCAAAUAUCACGGUACAGAAUACCGUCGUGACUUUCUUAUAUGUACUGAAGUAACAGAUGAGAUGCCUGUUUUUUGUAAGAUUGACGUGAUUGCUGUAAAAGAUGACUGUGUCUUGCUCUGUGGAAAACUGAUGGAAACCUUGUGUUUUGAUAAUCAUUACCAUGCCUUUAAGGUCAGGCUGCAUCCAGAUAAUGUUUUAAAAGUGUUGCACAUAAGUGAGUUAUUUUACUUUAAACCGUUUGAUCUUCAGAUGAAGUAUGGUACCACAGAUAACGCCCUAUAUGUUGUUCCAUAUUGUCAUUUUAUGCAGACCUAGGGUCAGUUUUCUUAAGUGUUCGUGUUCAACUUCAUAUAAGCUGUUUAUCAGGGGCCCAGUAAUGGAGCAGCAGGCACACAUUUUUGUGCAUAUGAAUACGUUGCAUGAGGAUACCUGGCACGGCAGGUACACCUAUUGCAUGUCAAUUCACUUUUUUUUUCUUUUUUUAAAUGCUGCAUAUGAACAGUUUUAUGGAGAGUUUUGCACAUAAAUUAUCUUUUACUUCUUAUUGUUCACUCUUCAAAUGAAGUAUAGGACAUAUGGCCUUAUAUGUUGUUCCAUAUUGUCAUUUUAUGUAGGCCUGGGGCCAGUGCUGCUAAGUGGUACACUGUUAUGACCUGUUACAUUGUCUUGUGCACCCAAAAGUUUAUGUGCAUGCAAACAAGUUGCAUUAGGAUACCUGGCACGGCAGGUACACCUAUUGCAUGACUUCAUUUUUUUUUUCUCCUUUAAAUGCUGCGUAUGUAAAUGGUUUCUGGAGUAUGUUUGUAAUGGUUAAAAAUGCCAAAUUAAAUAUUUUUCUAACAUGCUUUUGUGAAAUAAAAGUUCUGAAAUGUA